AUGACUGUCGCUUCAGGACUUCCCCAACUGCUUGUUGUAGGUCUGGGUAACCUCCCAUUUCCCCAGACUCGCCACAGCAUUGGGCACCUCAUAAUUGACGCCUUAGCUGCAAGACUGCAGAUACAUAUGACCACUGAUAGGACGAUGGGCGGCGUGACUGGACGUUCAAAGGUCACACUAGGCGAAACUGCCGUAUCUCUGACACUCCUGAAACCAAAGCCCCUCAUGAAUAUUACUGGUCCAUCAGUAGCAGGAGCUCUCCGCAAGUCUGUGAAAGUCUCGGAUGCAAUGGUUAUUAUCCACGAUUCACUGUCUCACAAACCGAAGGCUUUGUCUCCAAAAAUAGGUGGUUCUGCCAACGGGCACAAUGGUGUCCGUAGCGUCAUAUCUGCACUCGGAGGCGAAACCCAUUUUCAUCGAUUUCGUAUUGGCAUUGGUAGAGGACCUGGCGAUGCAGCAGAAUAUGUUCUAUCGAAGCUUCCGGAGGAAGAGAAACUCUAUUGGAAUGGCGAUGGCACAGGCCUCGACCUCAUUUGUAAUGAACUCGAACGCAUAGCCCGCAAACAGCUUGGGAGCCAAGGCUUACCAUGA